CGGGCACAGACAGCCGACGUGAGCCGAGCCGUCACUUCAACAGCUGAUUUCGGCGCCAACACAAAGAGUUCACCCCCGUUAAAAUGCGGUGGGUUUGGCUGCUAUGUGCGUUUCUUGUCUCUGCAGAAGGAGCACAUGCCCAGACACUCACAUUUGAGGGUGACUUUGAGAUGGAACCGGAGAACAACACUACAGAGACAAGUCAAGGAGCUGUGAAAAGCAACGAGAGUGUAGAUGAAACAUCAACGGCGCGAACAGAAAGGACUCCAAUCAAACUGCCCACAGGAGGGGUUCUAUAUCCUAGAGCAUCCGAGAACAGAGAUGUCAAGUCUCUCGAUGGAUUUUGGCACUUCAAACUGGACUCGAUGGAUCAAGAAGGCCUCAAGGAGCAGUGGUUUGACAAGGAUAUAAGCCAGAUGCCAGGGGCUACUUUGAUGCCUGUGCCGAGCAGCUAUAAUGACAUCACAACUCUAGCCUCCGUGCGGGACCAUGUCGGGAUGGUUUGGUAUCAGCGGACGUUCUACAUACCACAGUUUUGGAAACAAGACCAACGUGUUUGGCUGAGAUUUGGGAGCGCUCACUACUACGCACAAGUGUGGGUAAACAGUAAGAAAGUUUUUGAACAUGAAAUCGGUCACUUACCAUUCCAAGGGGAGAUAACAGAUGUUGUCAACUUUGGUGGUGAAAACAACAUCACUGUAGCUGUAGACAACGUUCUCAGUUCAACAACAAUUCCACAAGGGAAUUUGCAUGUAAUUAACACAACGAAUGGACCAAAGACUUUCCAACAAUACAGUUUUGAUUUCUUCAACUAUGCUGGGAUUCAUCGGCCAGUUUAUUUGUAUACAACCCCCAAAGCCUACAUCGAUGAUGUUCUUUUGACCACAGAAUUUCAAAAUGGCAAAGUGUACGUCAAUUACAACCUGUUCUACAAGGGAGCUCCAGAGAAGUCCUCAGUAAACAUUACUGUGACAGUGAUCAGUAGGGAGGGAGAGAGGUCGUACGAGUCAGCCAUGAUAGAAGAUGGACCAGGGAAUGUGUCUGGUGCUGUUGAGAUACAAAACCCAAAACUCUGGUGGCCUUACCUAAUGGCAUCAGACCCGGGAUAUCUGUAUACUGUAGAGUUAAAACUAACUGUGAUGAAUUCAAGCAUAACAGACGUCUAUAGGCAGCCGUUUGGACUUCGAAGUCUCAAGUGGGACCAAAACUCUGUUUACAUCAAUGAAAAGCCAAUCUACAUCAGAGGUUUUGGGCGGCAUGAAGAUUCUGAUAUUCGAGGCAAAGGGCUGGACCUCCCAACGAGUAUGAGAGAUCACAACCUCCUGCGAUGGAUUGGAGCCAACGCCUACCGGACAUCACACUACCCUUACGCUGAGGAGAUAAUGGACUUGGCCGAGCAGAUGGGCUUUAUGAUAAUAGACGAAGUCCCCAGCGUCGACACUGAGAAUUACUCACAGACAUUGUUAGACAAGCACAAGAUGGCUAUGGCUGAGCUGAUAAACCGAGAUAAAAACAGAGCAAGUGUGAUCAUGUGGUCUGUGGCUAAUGAGCCUAGGACUUCUGAACCUCAGGCAGGGCCUUAUUUCGGGUCUGUAGUUAGUUUCACACGCACACUGGAUAAAACUCGUCCGAUAACUGCCGUUCUUAACCGCUGGUAUACGGUUGAUAAGGCUGGCCAGUGGAUGGAUGUGAUUUGCUUCAACCGCUACAACGGCUGGUACUCUGAGCCUGGGCGUUGGCAGACUAUACAGCUGGCAGUGGAGACAGAGGCCAACAAUUGGCAUGAAAAACACAACAAACCCGUCAUCAUGUCUGAAUACGGGGCCGACACUUAUGAAGGACUGCAUAAUUUGCCCGAGUACAUCUGGACUGAAGAGUAUCAGAAGAGGGUGUUUUCUGAACAUUUCAAAGCUUUUGACAACCUAAGGAAGAAAGGAUGGUUUAUGGGAGAAAUGAUUUGGAACUUUGCAGACUUCAAGACGGAUCAGUCCAUUACUCGAGUGGGAGGAAACAAGAAGGGUGUUUUCACACGUCAAAGACAACCCAAGUCAGCUGCGUUUUAUGUCAGAAGACGAAACUUCAAACUUGCUGCCUUGCUGGAUGGAGCACCCCAGCCUGACGAUUUGGAGUUGUAUUUUGCACCAAGUCAUAGAGAUGAAUUAUGAAGGAAAUUUGAUCACAGCAUACCUUGAAUGACCGCAAUAAAGAGUUUCAAUUAAUUGUUAAAAGAUAAAAGACAUUUUGUAAUGUCACAUUAGUCAGGGCCGGUUCUAGGAAUUUUUCAGAGUUAAGCCAACACCCGAAUCAGCGCCACUUAGAAUCCCCCCCCACCACCCCACCCUCAACCCAUGAACAUUACUUAACUCUAUUUGUGAAUUUUUUCCCAAAGAUUUUGGGAAGAACUUUUUUGUAAGUUUAGGUUAGAAGAAUACUUGCAAUAAAAGACUGUUUAUUAUUCCCAGGAAUUUAACAUUUUUACACUUUUACUCAUCGUAUAAACUUUAGCAAAACCAAGGCUACACUAAAAAAACAGGCCGUAAUGCUCGUCAAGCAUGACGACACGAUAGAAGACGGCAAUGACGUAAUAUUUGCCGUUUGUGAUGAGCUGCUUGUUUUAAUCUUUCCUUGGAAAAUAAAUAAAUAAAUACCUACGUCAUUGCCGUCUUCUAUCGUGACGUCAUGCUUGACGAGCAUCACGGCCUAAGUUAACAAUUUAUUUCUAAAUGUGAAAAAAAUUUUUACGCCACACUACACUAUUUUGACGAACUUCCCACACAAGGAUUUAGUCCAGAAAACGGCUGUUUGCCGCCAGCUUAAUCAAAUGGGAUUUCUUUGCGUACUACUGUACUAUAAUGAGUUUUACCGGACACCAAUCAGCUGAUUACACUGUAUUUGGGUGACAAUGAGUGGUUAUAAACAAAAACAUAACCUCUCUUAAAGGUUAUGACUAGUGAUUUUUAGUCCUUUAGUUGGUGGUAAUAUGUACGGAUUUGUACAGAUUUAGUAGUGUGGCGUAAACUAUCGUACGUAACUUGUCCAAAAUGUGUUAACCGGACUCGUAUGGUAAUCCCGUACUCGACCCGCACGGCAACGACCACACUCGUCCGGUAAACACUUAUUUUCAGGACUAGUAACGUAAUAUACCAUUACAGGAUAACUUGGAUACGAUAUAAGUUAAAGCCUAUUACAAUGAAAAACAGGUGUAGAUAGAUGACAAGAGAGGAAUUUUUAAUUGAACACAUUAAACAUGAAGAAAACAUGAAAAACCAAAUUUAUUACCUUUACAAAAAGAAUACAAAAUUAUCAAUUUGAACAGUUCAAAAGCUCUUAGCAGUUAAAAAUUAAUUUUCAUAGCUUUGAUCUUGGCAAAUUCUUUAAUUUCAGAGUUGGUAUCAAUCUGGUUCAGAGCAUCAGAAUGUGGUUCAGAACAUGAGUCAUGAAAUAAAACCCACAGGCGCCGCGCUGUAGUACGCUGCCUACUGCCGACUGCCGAGCGUCAGAGCUCACUACAAAUCGAAACUACAAAUGGCAUUAAGUCCUUAUGAGUUGUAGUGCUGUACAAAUAUACGCAUUUUUCAUAUGCUGUUGGUACAAACAGAAUAAAUGCCUUAAUUGUUAAUUGUUGCUUUGAAUACUUGAACUCUGAGCGAAAAUUAACAAAAUUACGUUGUUCACUAAUAAAAAAUUUUACCGUUGGCGCCCAGCGCCAAUUUUUUGUGGCGCCAUAUGCGGCCGCUUAGUUCGCGUAUGGGUUAAACCGGCCCUGACAUUAGUUCUGUUGUGUGAAAAUUAUAUUGUUAAGAAGAUAUAUAUACUUAAAGUUAAACAUAAGUACAAUAAUAUCCAUUAGGCCUGUUAUGCUUAGGCAGUGUAGGUAAGUCUGUCGUAGUGUCAUACUUGUUUUCUGUGAAAACACCAUUUAUACUUUUAACUUAUAAUUUUUCUACAUUUAUUCAAAAUAAACGUUGUGUAAUCAACAG